AUGGGCUCCAUCCCAGAAGCACCCAAUACGAAUGGCGCCGAGACCAACAACAGCGCUUUGAGCUGGAAGGCGUCCAGCCCUUUCUCGACCAACAACACACGGUGGCCGCGCCCAGUCGUCCCCGACAGUGUGUUCAAGAUGUUUGACAUGACGGGCAAGGUCGCCAUCAUCACGGGUGGGUCGGGAGGCAUAGGCUACGAAGUUGCGCGGGCCCUGGCCGAGGCUGGCUGCGCCGUUGCAAUCUUCUAUCACGCCGCCAAAAACGCCUCGGCCCUGGCGGCCACGAUCGCCGCCGACUUCCACGUCAAGUGUCAGGCGUACAGGUGCGCGGUCGAAAACUACGCCGAGGUGCGCGACCAGGUCGCCGCCGUGGUCGCAGACUUCGGCCGACUGGACGUGAUGGUCGCGAAUUCGGGCAUUUCCCGACCGGCCGGGGGCAUCGACGACCCGGUCGAGAACUGGCACCAGGUCAUGGACGUGAACUUGCACGGCGCGUACUACUGUGCAAAAGUGGCGGGCGAGAUCUUCCGGCGACAGCGAAGCGGCAAUCUCAUCUUCACGGCCAGCAUGAGUGGGCAUAUCGCAAACACGCCGCAACAGCAGGCCUGCUACAACUCCAGCAAAGCGGCUGUAAUCCACCUUUCCAAGUCUCUCGCCGCCGAAUGGACCAGCUUCAACGCUCGCGUGAAUACCGUAAGCCCGGGAUACAUCGACACGGCCAUCUCGGGCGGUUGUUCUCGCGACAUGAAGGACCAGUGGCAUCGACUGACGCCGAUGCAUCGCGAAGCAGACGCAAAGGAGCUCAAGGGUGUAUAUCUGUGGCUAGCGAGUAACGCGAGCUCGUUUACCACGGGGACAGAUGUCGUGGUCGACGGGGGCUAUUGUUGCUGGUAA